GAAUGGUAACUCAAUCCGGGUCUACAAAGAGACCCACUUGCCCAUCGUGCUGCAAGCCCGCCCGCAUUUGCCUCUGCAACCGGCUCCAGACUCCGAUUAUCGAUAACUCUGUUUCCGUCACCAUUCUCCGGCACACACUGGAGACGAAGCAUCCUCUUAAUUCCACCAGAAUAGCUACUAUUGGGCUCAAGAAUGUCGAUGUUAUUACAAUCUCCGAUGUUAAUUUUCAAGCCCAGUUCUUUAUCCGGUUCCCGGACUCGAGUGUGAAGUUGGAUGAAGACAGCCAGGUGUUCGAUGAAAUGCCGAGCAGAGAGAAUGUUGAGUUUGCUGGAACCGAUGAUACCUUAGCUGAACAAAUUGUGGAAAGGAGCCAAAUUGGCAGGAAUGUUGCGAUUUUAUCUGGAAAAUCGAACUUUAAUUUGGAGUUCGAAUCUGUCUGUGGGGAAACUGUGAGGAGUGAGAAAGGUGAAGUAGUUGGUCCUAAGUUCCAUGGGAAAGAAGAACUAGCUCUGAGUGAUUCCGAAGUUAAAGCUAUCAAUUUCACCGUUGGAAAAUACGGAGCGGUUCGCUCGUUCCAAAAUCACGAAUUGCCACCGGAAAAAUGUCGAGAAACGAGCUUUGAUGAUCUUUUCGAAUCGGAUAUAGGUGCUGUUGAUAUAAGACGAGGGUUCGUUGUGAAAAAACUUCAGACGAAGCUGUUGGAAGAGAGCAACGAAUACAAAGAAAUCCAAGAAUUUGAAAUUGCAGUUCCUCCUGGAUCGGUGCUUCUGUUUCCGAGCGAAAGAUCGAUCGAAGCUGAGGCGGUGGAUUUCGAAGUGAAGAAUUUGAUUGUGUUGGACGGAACAUGGGCCAAGGCGAGGAGAAUGUACAACGAGAAUCCUUGGUUGAGACUUUUGCCUCACAUAGGGUUGAAUGUUGAUAAAUUGAGCUUAUAUAGGGAAGUGAGAAAUCAACCGAGGGCGGAAUAUUUGUCCACAAUCGAGAGUAUUGUGUAUGCAAUGAAGGCUGUGGGGGAAGAUUCCGAGGGGUUAGAUGGUCUUUUGGACGUGUUUGAAUCCAUGGUUGGAGAUCAAAGGCGGUGUAUGAACGAACGGUUGAGCAAAAUCUCUGAGAACUGAAGAACAUUUGAUCAACUGAUCAAGUUAUGUGGUGGUUUUUUGUCCCAAUUAAUUAUUUUGGAAACCCGAAAAAGUUUUGUUCAUUGUUUUCCACGGAUUGGUGGUGUAAUAGCUUUCGUUUUUUCUCCGAAAUUAUAAAGGCUUAGCGGAGCAAAUAGCGAAUUUGUUACUCGAAUGAUUUAGCUGAGUUCUAUAGAGUCCAACAUUGAAUCAAUUGAAG